AUGGCCCCCAUCACCGCAAUUACCAAUGUCAGGGUAUUCGAUGGACAGAAGAUCAGCGAUCUUAGCACUGUCAUUAUCGAUGGCGAAUUGAUUACGGAGUCAGAUGCCAUUCCAACACAUACAAUUGACGCCGAAGGCGCUAUUCUACUACCAGGCCUAAUAGAUUGUCACAUUCAUUUGCAUGGACCAGAUGAUCUCUCGCGAAUGGCCGAAUACGGCGUCACAACAGCAUUAGACAUGGCAACCUGGCCGGCCAAGCUCCUAGCCUCUCUCCGCAACAUGAAAGGUGUGACAGACAUUCGAGGUUGUGGUAUUGCAGCGACAGCCCCCGGGAGUGCGCAUAGCCACAUUCCCUUUCUACCUCGUGACGCCUUAGUAUCCAACGCGAGCGAGGCAAAACGGUUUGUCGCCGACCGUAUUGCGGAAGGGGCGGAUUACAUCAAGAUGGUAGCUGAUGCGCCGGGCCCAAAUCAAGAGACCCUCGAUGCUCUCGUUGAAAAUGCUCACCAAAACAAUAAACUUGUUAUUGCCCAUGCUGUCAGUUUAAUCGCGACGCGUAUGUCUCAAAAUGCCGGCACUGAUUUCAUCACACAUGCUCCCCUUGACGGUAUAAUGAGCGAGAAAGAUAUCCAGCGGAUGGUCUCGGAUAAGUGUAUCAGUAUUCCAACAUUGACCAUGAUGAAAGGAGUAUCGAAGUCAAAGGACUUGAACUUUGACAAUGCCCGCAAAACGGUAGCCGCGCUUCACCUCGCCGGUGUGCCUAUUCUGGCCGGCACAGAUGCCAACAUGUCACCGGGCGUACCAGCCAAUGUUGCCCAUGGGAUUAGUCUACACGAGGAACUCGAGUUGCUAGUCGGUUGUGGGCUGUCAACAACUGAAGUCCUCAGGGCUGCUACGUCUCUACCGGCAAAAUAUUUUGGCUUGCACGAUCGUGGAGUAAUUCAGCCGGGCUAUCGGGCCGAUUUGAUUUUGGUUAAAGACGAUCCUACUCAGGAUAUCAAGGGGACUAGAUCCCUCCAGAGGGUUUGGAUUGCGGGACAAGAAAUCAAACUUUCACAAGCUUGA